UAAAUUUUAGGGUCGUUGCCGCGUUCGAUCGUUACCUUCAAUUACUACAUUCACAUUUAAGUUUAAAUCCAUAUAUAUACACACUCUAAUGCAGUACUAGAUUCCAAAAAAGCUCGCAUCACCAACUCUGCAUUCAUCUUCAUCUUCCACCUAUAAUCUCUUAUCUUGUUCAAAUCAUGCAGCAAAAAAUAGUUAUUAAGAUAAAAUUCAGAUGCAAAAAAUGCAGAUCCAAGGCCAUGACUAUUGCGGCCAUGACAUCAGGUGUGGUGUCGGUGAAGCUAGAAGGGGACGAGAAAGAUCGAGUGGUGGUCAUCGGAGACGAGGUCGAUGCAGUCGGAAUGAUAAUCUUACUGAGGAAGAAAGUUGGUCAUGCAACCCUUGAACUUGUAGCUGAACUCAUUGAUUAGAUAUUUGAAACCAACUUAUACUUUUCAUUAACAACAUUUACUUGUCUGUGUGUAUACUAUACUCCUUCAUUAACAAAAGGUGCAUUUGUAGCAUAAUUUCAAUAAAAUCAAUAUGGAAGUAUUCAAUCU